CUGACUCAGGCGGGGUCGCGCACGCAGACAUCCGGAUGUUGUGCGUCACCACGAUGACGUGACGGAGACUUAUGUCGGCCUGUGACGGAGGCAGGACACUCCUAAAGCCCCCCGGCGGCGGCGGACACUCUCCGGACCAGACUUCUCUUUUUGAUGGCGAGCUAAGGAAAAUAAUCACCUAGUCCAAGGAUCAAGUUUGGAAGAUUCCAGCCAGGAAGCUGAGCACCACCUGCUCUGUCUGGGCAGGCACAGCUGAGUCCAGCUUUGUGAGACGGCUGCGGUCGGCCCGGCGUGACGGAUGUCUGAGACAGCUCCAUGGGCCAGAAGAAUCAUGAGGAGGCAGAAGCAGGACUUAUCCUGGACCUGGACCUGGACCUGGGGCUUGAGUAUCUCCAUGUCGUAGGUGCUGAGCGGCAGGCUGGCAUCACCGACGGGCCUCCUCCUGCCAUGGAGGAGCAGGAGGACAUCCACCUCAGCACCACCUCUACCCCCCAGGAAAGUUCUGAGACAGAGGGUGGGCCACAGGUGUCUUUUGGUCCUGCGCUGACUGGCCCCCUCAACCCAAACGAGGGCCAGAGCUGCUGGACACACGGUAAGAGCCUCCACCAGCCGCUGUGUCGCACACAGUGUGUGGACUUGGGCACCGAAGGUCCUCCCGAGCCACCGACCCCACUUCAACUGUCAGAGCUCCAGCAAGAUCUCAAGAUCCCUCAACUCCAGCAUGCACCUGAGUCCCAGUCCAACCCCUCCGCAUCCGAACCUGCCCCCCCCCCUACUGCUGCGGACAAGGAGUAUCGAGCCAAACUGGAUUUUGCGCUGAAGCUGGGCUACUCGGAGGAGACGGUGCGGCUGGUCCUGUCCAAGCUGGGGCCGCACACUCUCAUCAAUGACAUACUCGGGGAGCUGGUCAAACGAGGCCCUUCAGAUGGCGAGCAACCAGUCGGGUCGUCGGCCUCCACCUCAACAUCUUUGUCGUCCUGUUCCUCUUACAGUUCCUCCGAUAUGCAGACAAGUCAGCGACUGGACUCGCCGUGUCCGCCAGAGUCUCUUUGCGACCAGGAGAACCUGCGCCCCAUCGUUGUGGACGGUAGUAACGUAGCCAUGAGCCACGGCAACAAGGAGGUGUUCUCCUGCCAAGGCAUCCAACUGGCUGUUGACUGGUUUUUAGAACGUGGCCACCAUGAUGUUACAGUUUUUGUUCCGGCGUGGAGAAAGGAGCAGUCCCGGCCAGAUGCCCCGAUAACAGAUCAGGAGAUCUUGCGGCGGCUGGAAAAGGAAAAGAUCCUCGUGUUCACGCCAUCGCGCCGCGUCCAAGGUCGGCGCGUGGUCUGUUACGACGACCGCUUCAUCGUCAAGCUCGCUUACGAGUCGGACGGCAUCAUCGUAUCCAACGACAACUACAGGGACCUCGCCAACGAGAAACCCGAGUGGAAGAAGUUCAUCGACGAGCGACUGCUCAUGUACUCCUUUGUCAAUGACAAAUUCAUGCCCCCAGACGACCCCCUGGGGCGCCACGGUCCCAGCUUGGACAAUUUCUUGCGGAAAAGAGCGGUGGUGCCGGAGCAGAAGAAGCAGCCUUGUCCGUACGGUAAAAAGUGCACAUACGGACACAAGUGUAAGUACUACCACCCCGAGAGAGGCGCUCAGCCGCAGCGCGCCGUGGCGGACGAGUUGCGAGCCAGUGCCAAGACGUGCGUGUCCACCAAGAACCAGGGCGAUACGGGCUUAGUGAAGAGCCACAGCGUGCCGGCUGCUAGCAUGGAGGCCAGGAAAGGCGUGGCAAAGCGGCAGUCGGACCCUGGCGUGCGAGCUCUGUCGUACAGCGAGGCGGAGGACAAGUUGUCCGCCAAGGGGAGGACGGAUAGUCAGAAGAACAACGCGUGCGCUGGCGGUACUGCGAGCGCCUCACCAGCUCCAGGAGGCCAGGAUGAACAGUCCCGAGCAAGCACUCCUCACUGUGUGGCCCCGGCCCCCAGUCAUGACCUUUACCCCCACUGCGAGUCCCCAGACCUCAACUACUACUCGGUGGCGCGGGCGUACAGCGGCCUGCGUAUCUCGUCCAGACGCAGCCCGGAAGCCCGCUUCCCCACGGACGGCGACCUGCGUUUGGGCUCCAUGGGCUCUGCCGGCUCGGAAUGCGGCAGCGAAAGCAGCACAAGUUGUGGCAGCAGUUGCGACUCGUACGGCGAGCGGCCGUGUCCCACCUGCCACCAGGACGCUUUGGCGGACGACGGCGGCCAUUACGCCAGUCCCCAUGGCCGCUCCUAUUUCCGCCAGACCGCAUCGAGCCACGAACUGUGCAGCUUUCAUCUAAGCGAAUACGCAAAUGUCCCACAGGGUCACGUGACCAACGCCCACAGCUACCACAGCGGGGCAGCACGCGGUCAAGGCUGGACUCACGAGCAGGCGUCCGACGCUGGACCAAAGCGGCCACUCUACCCGUUACCGCUUCAUUUCCAGCACCAGCCGCUCGCCGCACGCUCCAGCUGCCCGGGCGACUACCGCACAGUGACGCCUCCCAACCCUCCCGGCUCGCCCCUCGCCCGUUGCCUGGACCCCACCCGGGCGGGGAGUGCUUCUGACUCUCACCUGUACCAGCAUCCCUACGCAUCCCACCAUCUGAAGACUCUGCCCACCUGGGAUGCGUAUUACGGCGAGCCGCCGCCGCCGCCACCUCGGUAUGCGCCGGGGGCCUAUCAGAGCUUGCCGGCGUCAUGGCACUCACCUCACUGGGCACAAGACGGCUACACGCCACCGCCCUCGUCUCAUCCCGUGCACUAUUUAAGUCACCCGCCCCACCUCGCACCAUCGCCACACCCCGAGUCGCCCGCACACGGACGCCACGGGGACGCCAGGGAGAAAGCGUACACCAACCUGUGCAACAUCUUCCCCUCGGAGCUGGUGAGCCGGGUGAUGGCGAGGAACCCCCACGUCACGGACCCACAGCAGCUUGCCGCCGCAAUCUUGGCGGAGAAAGCUCAGGCGGGCUACUAAGGUGUGGCCGUUUUGUCUGCCUGUUCAAAUUGUGUCUUUCUUGUCGAGCUCUUUUGUCCACCGAUGACAUCUCUUUGGCCCGAAUAGUCGCCGUGGAGAUGGGCUACCUUGUGGUGUGUACCUUAGUUUUAGUAAGGGACAUCUCUUCUCUUUGUAGCCUGCAGACAAACCGGCGUCCUGGACAUUGGUUGUCAGCAGGCUAUCUACAUACUGUACACUGUAUACUGUACAUACUUACACACAUACACACACUUGUUUCUGUUGGGUCGGCUGCAAUGUGCUACAGACGGAAUGUCUCCCUGGACGUAGUGUAAAUAUAUUUAAUUGCUCUGGGCUGUAGCGCCUUCCAGACCGAUCCACCAUGAGCCCCAGUUGAUACAAAUUGUAUCAGGAAGUGAGUGGCUGACGUCAUACAGUAAGUUGACUUCUCACUCCAUGUUUGCCAGCCACACCCUCCAUGUACUCAAGUUCCAGGUCAUGAGCUAUUUGCAGUUGUGGCUCUACUUUGUGGAGGGAGGAGAACUGCCUUGGGCGUUUGGGUCGGAGGUUUCUUUUCUGCGGCGUCUCUGCCGAGGGGACGUUUUGAUUAUCAAGCAAGCGACAUGAAGCUGCUUUUCCUGCAGCGUGCUGGAUGAGACGCUGCGGAAAAGAAGCUAAUCCCUCCCAAAAAAUGUGUGUAACAAAGAAGCGUCUUCGCUGGCGCCUGCUGGCACCGUGUGUCAGCGUGGGCCGCCAGCGUGGGCCCAAAGUAAUGCCACUACUCUGGCAUCGUGCUUACGACACAUCCAAUACUCUGAACUAUGUUCAGCUAAACGUUGUGCAUGUUUCUGCGCCUUUUUAUUUUAUUGCACGCGUGUAUCGCAGCUAGGUCUGGGCGACGUUAGCCAUACAUUUGAGUCUGCUGUUGCGUUUGAAAAAAACUCAAAUCGAUUUUUUUUUGUCUUCUUUCUCCGGCACAUUUGUUUGUCCCCAGAAGCUAGCAAAACACGGCUAAUGCUAAGGCAAACAAGAGCAAGACGUUUGUUUCAAAGAAAAUCAAAGUGUCAUCUGUGGUUUAGAUUUGCGCCAACAGGUGUGGAACAAAUGACUGCACGCUGCAAAGUUUGUUUAAAAAAUACGCUUUCAAAAAGAGAUGAUAGCAUCUGAAAGGGAAGUAUCCAGCCGAGUGCGGGAAAUGCAAACAAGAACAUAAAGAAACUCUCCCGUUAAACUGCAGCUUCUGUGCUGGAAACAAGGACAUCAUGGAAAACUUUAUCCACUCAUUAACAUUAUAGAGACCUCCCGAUGCUACAUUUUAUUUUAACAAGUAUUUCAUUCAAGACAGAAGAUUUGAAUUUGUAAUUUAUCAAUCUCAAAUGUUGAAAGUUAAUUUAUGCAAUGAUGUAUUUACCUAAUUAUUUCAUUCAAUACAGAAGUUUUGCCUCCUAUGGGAAGCUGUAUGUUCAAUAACAAUGCAUAUUAAUCAGCAAAGCAUUACAGUAAAUAUGCCAGAAUUUUUUAUAAUACCUCAUUUUAUCUGUUUAGGUUUGUGAAAAAUAUUUUCUACAAAGUCCAAUUCAUAUCAGUUGUAAAAAGAACCCACUUUAUUAAAAAACAAACUGUUUGCUAAGAUGCAGUGUCAUUCUAAACUAUUCAUUUUGAUCGAAUAAAAGCAAAACUUGUUUUUGAAUGA